AUGGCUUCCGAGAGUCUUAAGGAGUUGAAAAUUGUUGUCCGUUCCGUUAUAGUUGCGUGCAAAAACCAAUUAACAGUCAACGAAUUAUGGAAAAGGACAAUUUACGAAUUCGGACGACCACAACUACAAGUACAGUUAAAAUUAUUUGGUUAUGAUACUCCUUUAGAUUUCCUUAAAAGUAUACCAGAUGUGGUUCAGUUAGAAGAUCCAGAAGAUACAAACUCCAUUGUUUAUUUAGUAAGUUCAAAAUUGAGCAGGCAUAUGGAGCUAUUGGUCUCAAAAAAUAUAAUAAGGCCACCCAAAAGUAAAUUUAGUCACAACAAUUUAUCGGUACCAUACAGAAUACAAUGUGCAUUUAUCAGAAUCUUUUAUGAAUUAUAUCGGGAAGGUUUGUCUAUAAGUACUUUUAAAUCUGAUGUUUUGUGUAUUCCAAUAUUUCAGUCUUACAUCAACUGUGUUGAUUUACUAUUGUCAAGUUUGGACCAUGUAUUUAUAAGAAGGGGAAUGAAAAUCAUAAGCUUGCACCCAAGAUUAGUAAACGGAUUGAAAGAAAUAAUUGAGACAGGAGAUAAAUACACAGCUAUGGAUAUAUUCAACAUUGAUGAGUAUUCAUUAGAAAAUAGAUAUGAUGAUCAACGAAUUUACAAUGGACUAGAAUACCCAUUGUUCUAUAUUUUAGAAGAAACAAUUAAAACUAAUAUUGAACAACUGUUAAAUGAAAUACCCGGUUGGAUAUCUGAUAUACAAAUAUAUAGUUUAUACAAUGACAAAUUUGGUUCUGAAUUUAAUCAUUAUAGACGAUGGGGUUUCAGCAGAAUUAGUCAAAUGUUAUGCAAACUACCAGAAUUGGGUUGUGUACAUUUCUCAAUUAAUGAUAUAUAUGUAAUUUCAUCAUUAAAACAUACUUGUCAUGAUUAUAAAAAUACAAAUUAUGUAUCAGAAGAAGUAAAUGAGUCCAGCCAUUUUUCUAUUAAUGCAAAAGAAAAAUAUGAUAAUGGACCAAAUGAAAAUGAUGGAGUAAUUCAAGAAAUUCAACAUUCCGAACUCAAAAUCAAUAAUUCAUUAAAUGUCAAUGUUUGUGGAGUUUAUACAAAUAUUGUACCAACUAUAAUAUGUCAAAGCGUCGAACAAUAUCAUGUAUUACAGAAGUUAAUAAAUGAUAUGACAAACUUCUAUUUUGUAUAUGAUACAAAUUUGUUAUUUGAUCCAACUAUAGCAAUGGUAAAACAAACAUUUGCAUAUUGUUUUGAUGAUUGUUGGUUCAGAGGAAUUGUUAUUGAUAUCAACUUAAGUGUAAUAAAAAUUAUGAAUAUUGACAAUGGUUUGAUGCAUACUAUUUCAUUUGAAGACAUCAGGUUACUACAUAAACGGUUUAGCAAAUUACCGCCACAAUCAUUAACUUGUUAUUUACACGGAAUAGAUUCUAUAGACGAAGAUGAACUUUUGAAAAUUAUAGAUAAAAAAUGUACAAUAUAUGUUGUUUCUACUGAUCAACAGAAUAAAUCUGCAACUGUCAAAAUUAAGUUUAUGGAUUCUGUAUCAGAUAAGUACUUAAAUGAAGAAUGGAUAGAAAGUGGUGUUGCCAAACCAGAUUCAGAUGAAGAAUAA